UCACUGCAACCUCAAACUCCUGGACUCAAGUGAUACUCCUACCUCAGCCUCCUCAGUAAACCUUUCUUUCUUAAUUCCUUCUCCUAAGUCUAUCUAAACUCACAUAUUCAGCCCUCUGAAAACUAAAUUCAUUUAUUUCCCCAAUAUUUGCCUCAAUGCCUCUCUUCUGUGCAGGGGUACUACCCUCUUUCUUGAGAUAGGGGGCUGCCAACACUUGCACCCCGGACACUUGGCAUCACCUUCUAGGAGCAAAGCUUUCCCUUCUUUUAAGACAAUUGGGAAAGGUGAUUCUUACUCUACAAAAUUGGGAGCAUGCAAAAAAAAAAAAAAAAAAAGUAACUUGGAGCAGGAAUUUUUUCUUUUUCAUGUAGCUAGUCCCUCUCAACCAAUGGAACAAAAGACUUUGUCAGAUCGUAUUCUUGCCACUAGAAGAAUGUUUUUAAGAAAGUCUCUUUGUGCUAUCUGCUACAUCACACUCUCUCCUAUUCAGCUCACCUUUGUUAUCGGUCUUGGGACAUCCAAAGGGCAUGUUUUGUGUUUUAGAUCAUAGAAGCUUCCCUUUCUGAGACAGCUGCCUUGGCAUGGGUGUCCGGGGGAUGAGCCGGCGGCUUUUUUGUGGUGUUGUCUCACUCUUGGUCCAGUUAGUCAGCCAGCCCUCUUGGGAGGAAGUGGAGCUGGCCUCCUCCUGAUGAUGAUCGACUCUCAGUUGUUUGUAAUUUUCUCAAAAAAUAAAUACUCUGAGGCUACAGUUUCUCAGGAUUGGUCUUAACCCCAGAGUGUGUUUUGUUGUUGUUGUUUUUGGAAAGUUUCAAAAACAUCUGUUUGGAAGAGAUUAUUUCAGUGGAGAACAUGUAUGUCAGCAGUUAAAUGUCUCAGACCCAUUUUCUUUCUUUUCUUGUGUGUCCAAAUAACCCUUUAAACUGUCAAGUACCUAGACCUCAAUGAGGAAUCAAAUGAUUUUGAUAUUUUUUUUCUUGAUUUCUCCCCUUUUUCUCAGAAAAUGCCUGAGGAAAAUAAGAAGGGAUCUAGAUAUAUUUUGCAUUGCCAAGAAAAAUAAUAGGCCUUACUGUUGCCUUCACCCAACUUUGAAAUUGUACUUUGUUCAUUUCACAAUGGGACAACGUUAUACUGCAGUUAGGUUCUCCAGCUUAAGCCUUACUUGCCUUUUUUCCCUGAACAUUAAAAUAAAGUUCUCAGAUAACUGAAAUUUCUAGAAUUAUCUUUCUAAACCUAACUCACUAGGUAACUUGGUUCAAAAAGUAACUCACUUUCCCCAGAUAGUAAAUAAAAUACAUCAUACUUCCAGUGACCAAGCCCCCACCCUUCCCCAAACAUAGCCAUAUUUUUUGGUCAUAGUUCUGCUUUUACAUGAAUGAGACCCCACGCAUCCUGUUUUGGGGUCCUUAAAAUGGUACUUCUUACAACUCUGUUGUGGGGAUUAAUUGGUUAACUCCAUUCUCCCUCUCUGGAUACCUGCACCUUCUCACUCCCUCUCACUCCCAAUUCUUUUCUCCUUGUUGUUUUUGAAAGCAGGAUGGUGGCUGGCAGCAGCAACAGGAUCUGUUUCCAUUUUGAACCUUAUAAAUUACCGAGGUGCAGAAGUAACAGGAAUUGUUUGGCUGCUGCUCGUUAAGCAGGAGGGGGUCUGGGCUGAAUUUCCUCAGUAAAAUCUUUGUUGCUUUUACAACCCAAACACCUUUGUAGCCACACAGUACUCAGAUAAGAAACAACCCUCCCAUUCCUCUUUGUCUGCUUGUCCUCUUUUGCCCUUCAUUACUUUAUGUUCAUUUUCUGUCUCCCUACCGCCCUUCUACCCUCUCUUCCUCCCUCCCUUCCUUCCCUCCUUGGGGCAUGGAAGGAACAUUUGCUCUCAAUUUCCUUAAGGGGCUGGGGAAAUUGGGGCAUGACUUGAACAAGCUAGUUCCCUAAAAUCCCAUAACUGGGAACUCAUGCAAUGAUCUAUAUAAAUACCUUAUCUCAGUGGGGAAAAACAAAUUAGAGAAGUAAAGCAAGUAUCUGGAAAAUUGAGAGGAAACCAAAAGCUUACUUUUCAGUGUAAAUUUUCCCUCUAGAAAUCACUAUUAAAAUGCCCCACUGUUCUACAUCAACUCUGUUUGCUAAACACCCACUGGGUACAGAGCCCUGACAGGGGGAAAAAAUGGGAAAAAGGCUACUAUUGUGAUUAAAAGCACAGAGUUUUGGAAUCAGCCCAAACUGGGUUUCAAUGCAGGCCUACUGUUAGGCGAUCCUGGGCAAGUUAACUUCUGGAACUCAAUUUUCUCACCUGUAAAAUGGGAAUAUAGUCCUCGCCUUACAGGGUUGAUGAGAAGGUUAAAGGAAAUACGUUGUAUAAGAGCUUAGUGAGUUCCUGGAGUAGUGGCAGGCACCGCCAGCUCUCCACCACCACAGCCCCUCCCAUUUGUACUCACAUCCUUUGCAGCUUUCAUGAAUUUUACUUUGCCAAUAAUAUGACCCUUUGAUUUACUGGAUUGUUUGAAAAAGAGCAAAAGCUCUCUCUCUACACCAACGGGAAAUUAUCUUAACUUGCUAGGAAAUAACUUUUGAAAAACUUGUUUAAAAAUGUUCUUUCAAAUCCCUUUUAGAAAAUGUCUCCUUGUCCUAUCCCAGAGUAGUCCUGAAGUCUUGUGAGUCCUCUGAUGUCGAAGUCGUGGGCAAAUGGAGGAAAUACGAACCACUGGGAAAGAACUCUUGGAAAACAUGCUGAGCAUCCACAGAAUGCUAGGGGCUGGGGUCCUCCAUCUGGUUUGAAAGGGUGCUCAUUGAGCAGUGUGGAUAUGGCCCUCUUCACUCCCUCAGCAGCCAGGCAGAAAGCCAAAGGACUACAGGUCUUGGGGAAGGGAAAGGUUUAGGCUAAUCCCAAGCACUUCCCAACACAGAGCAACAGUCCCCUGUGUCAGGCAUGUUGGGUGUCUCCCGUUUCUUACAGCAGUCUCUGUGGGCAGCCUGAACUCCAGGACUGGCCAGCACAACACAUCUCUCAGUUGAGAAGCUUAACUGCUUCUCCUGAGUUUUAAAUGGUGACUGUAAAUCUUUGAGAGAGUCUCUGGUUAGGUAGAUUGAUCUAGAAGAGUUAAUGUUUUAAAUGUAUGUCACACUUCUAGAAAUAUACUAUUAAUAUUGCCACAGGCGAAUGAUCCACUGUGCAGAUCACUGGAAUGUCACCUUCAACAUUAUCCAAACUCAUUUCAAUGCCUCCCUGCCUAAUAAGGCUGUUGAUAACCCAUCCUUGUUUGUUAAUGUCCUAUAAACCCAUCAAUGAAAAGCACAGAAGCAAAAAUCUUGGGUUUGGCUGUAACAGAAGAGAGAGAGAGAGAGAGAGAGAGAGAGAGUGUGUGUAUGUGUGUGUGUGUGUGUGUGCGUGUGUGUGUGUUAGAAUAUACACUUGCCCAUGUGAUUUUGAUAAAUCUUGUAAGGACCAUAGCUUAAGAAAGACAUAAAAAAAACUGUGCCUUCUGGAACAGGAGAUGCUACUGUUCUAGGCAGAGAGGGUGGCUGAUAGCUGAGGUGUGUUGUCAGAUGGCUGGAGGUGCAGUGUGGUCUGAGCCUCAAAGCAGUGUUGUUCUGGGUGGAGAUACAACUUGGGUAAUCAAGAGUGCAGAUUUUGUGGAGACGGAAAAGUUCAAAAUUUCUAGCACUAGGAGCAGAGAGAAGUGGGAGCUAGUGAGUGAAGCGAAAACAAGGCUCUGUGCCCUGAGAAAGUGAAGUAUCUUGGCUGGCUUAUGACUUUGGGCUGUGUUUGUACCUGUGGGAGUAGAUGUUACAGACAAGCUGAGUAGAGUAGGGUGAUUGCAGGAAUAAAAGGGAGUUUACAGGGAUAUAGGCAUAGAGCUGGGGUGAGGAAAAUUAGAGCAGGAAAUAUUUCAUGAGUCACUGAGACUCUAGGAUUCAUUCACUUAGUAGCAUUCCCUGCAAGGGCAUUCAGUAUGCAUCACACACCCGGCACUGCUGUUCCACAAUAGUCAGCACUAACCACAUGGCAGGGCACAUGGCUGUGACCAGCUGGCCUUUUGCAAGCAAACGGUAAGAAUAAUCUCAUCUGUUCUAGCAUCUGUGCCAGAUAGUCACUGUCCUGUGCCAUGGAUAUGGCUGCAGGCUACGCCUCUCUGUAUCCUCUGCCCCUCAUCCUUGUUGCUGUCCAUCCACUGGGCAAAACUCCAGCAUUCUUACUACAAUAAAAUCACCUUCUAGCUAGAGAAAGAGCUCAAGGAGGCAACUUAUAAGAAGCUUCUUUUAGAUGAGAAAUGGCAUGAUAGUGUUCUUUGGUCUUCCAGCAGCAUGACCAGGUCUCUAUUUUGAAUGUUGCCAACAGGGAACAAGGGACAAAGCCAGGCCCCAUGGCCACUACAGGUGCACCCCAGGCAUCCUCAUCAUGGCCAUUGCUCUCCCUUUCUCUCUUACAACAGAGUGUUGCCGGGGACGGCAGUAUCUCUUUGUGUGACCCUGGCGGCUUAUGGAACGUUGGCUUCAGACCUUUGUGAUACACCAUGCUGCGUGGGACAAUGACGGCGUGGAGAGGAACAAGGCCUGAGGUCACACUGGCUUGCCUCCUCUUAGCCACAGCAGGCUGCUUUGCUGACUUGAACGAGGUCCCUCAGGUCACCGUCCAGCCUGCAUCCACCGUCCAGAAGCCCGGAGGCACUGUGAUCCUGGGCUGUGUCGUGGAGCCCCCAAGGAUGAAUGUAACCUGGCGCCUGAAUGGGAAGGAGCUGAAUGGCUCGGAUGAUGCUCUGGGUGUCCUCAUCACCCACGGGACCCUCGUCAUCACUGCCCUUAACAACCACACUGUGGGACGGUACCAGUGUGUGGCCCGGAUGCCUGCGGGGGCUGUGGCCAGCGUGCCAGCCACUGUGACACUAGCCAAUCUCGAGGACUUCAAGUUAGACGUGCAGCAUGUGAUUGAAGUGGAUGAGGGAAACACAGCAGUUAUUGCCUGCCACCUGCCUGAGAGCCACCCCAAAGCCCAGGUCCGGUACAGCGUCAAACAAGAGUGGCUGGAGGCCUCCAGAGGUAACUACCUGAUCAUGCCCUCGGGGAACCUCCAGAUUGUGAAUGCCAGCCAGGAGGAUGAGGGCAUGUACAAGUGUGCGGCCUACAACCCAGUGACCCAGGAAGUGAAAACCUCCGGCUCCAGCGACAGGCUGCGUGUGCGCCGUUCCACCGCUGAGGCUGCCCGCAUCAUCUACCCGCCGGAGGCCCAAACCAUCAUAGUCACCAAAGGCCAGAGUCUCAUUCUGGAGUGUGUGGCCAGUGGAAUCCCACCCCCACGGGUCACCUGGGCCAAGGAUGGGUCCAGUGUCGCCGGCUACAACAAGACGCGCUUCCUGCUGAGCAACCUCCUCAUCGACACCACCAGCGAGGAGGACUCAGGCACCUACCGCUGCAUGGCCGACAAUGGGGUUGGGCAGCCUGGGGCAGCGGUCAUCCUCUACAACGUCCAGGUGUUUGAACCCCCUGAGGUCACCAUGGAGCUGUCCCAGCUGGUCAUCCCCUGGGGCCAGAGUGCCAAGCUCACCUGUGAGGUGCGCGGGAACCCUCCGCCCUCUGUGCUGUGGCUGAGGAAUGCCACGCCCCUCAUCUCCAGCCAGCGCCUCCAGCUCUCCCGCAGGGCCCUGCGCGUGCUCAGCAUGGGGCCUGAGGACGAAGGCGUCUACCAGUGCAUGGCCGAGAACGAGGUCGGGAGUGCCCACGCCGUGGUCCAGCUGCGAACCUCCAGGCCAAGCAUAACCGCAAGGCUACGGCAGGAUGCUGAGCCGGCUACUGGCACACCUCCUGCACCACCCUCCAAACCUGGCAGCCCUGAGCAGAUGCUGAGGGGGGAACCGGCACUCCCCAGACCCCCAACAUCAGCAUGGCCUGCUUCCCUGCAGUGUCCAGGAGAGAAGGGGCAGGGGGCUCCCGCCGAGGCUCCCAUCAUCCUCAGCUCGCCCCGCACCUCCAAGACCGACUCAUAUGAACUGGUGUGGCGGCCUCGGCAUGAGGGCAGUGGCUGGGCACCAAUCCUCUACUAUGUGGUGAAACAUCGCAAGCAGGUCACAAACUCCUCUGACAAUUGGACCAUCUCUGGCAUUCCAGCCAACCAGCACCGCCUGACCCUCACCAGACUCGACCCCGGGAGCUUGUAUGAAGUGGAGAUGGCAGCUUACAACUGUGCAGGCGAGGGCCAGACAGCCAUGGUCACCUUCCGAACUGGACGGCGGCCCAAACCUGAGAUCAUGGCCAGCAAGGAGCAGCAGAUCCAGAGAGACGACCCUGGAGCCAGUCCCCAGAGCAGCAGCCAGCCCGACCACGGCCGCCUCUCCCCCCCAGAAGCUCCCGACAGGCCCACCAUCUCCACGGCCUCCGAGACCUCAGUGUACGUGACCUGGAUUCCCCGUGGGAAUGGUGGGUUCCCGAUCCAGUCCUUCCGUGUGGAGUACAAGAAGCUAAAGAAAGUGGGAGACUGGAUUCUGGCCACCAGCGCCAUCCCACCGUCGCGGCUGUCCGUGGAGAUCACAGGCCUAGAGAAAGGCACCUCCUACAAGUUUCGAGUCCGGGCUCUGAACAUGCUAGGGGAGAGCGAGCCCAGCGCCCCCUCUCGGCCCUACGUGGUGUCGGGCUACAGCGGCCGCGUGUACGAGAGGCCCGUGGCAGGUCCCUACAUCACCUUCACGGACGCGGUCAAUGAGACCACCAUCAUGCUCAAGUGGAUGUACAUCCCAGCAAGUAACAACAACACCCCAAUCCAUGGCUUCUAUAUCUAUUAUCGACCCACAGACAGUGACAAUGAUAGUGACUACAAGAAGGAUAUGGUGGAAGGGGACAGGUACUGGCACUCCAUCAGCCACCUGCAGCCAGAGACCUCCUACGACAUUAAGAUGCAGUGCUUCAAUGAAGGAGGGGAGAGCGAGUUCAGCAACGUGAUGAUCUGUGAGACCAAAGCUCGGAAGUCUUCUGGCCAGCCUGGUCGACUGCCACCCCCAACUCUGGCACCACCACAGCCGCCCCCUCCUGAAACCAUAGAGCGGCCGGUGGGCACUGGGGCCAUGGUGGCUCGCUCCAGUGACCUGCCCUAUCUGAUUGUCGGGGUCGUCCUGGGCUCCAUCGUUCUCAUCAUCGUCACCUUCAUCCCCUUCUGCUUGUGGAGGGCCUGGUCUAAGCAAAAACAUACAACAGACCUGGGUUUUCCUCGAAGUGCCCUUCCACCUUCCUCCUGCCCAUAUACUAUGGUGCCAUUGGGAGGACUCCCAGGCCACCAGACCAGCGGACAGCGCUACCUCAGUGGCAUCAGUGGACGGGCCUGUGCUAAUGGGAUCCACGUGAAUAGGGGCUGCCCCGCGGCUGCAGUGGGCUACCCGGGCAUGAAGCCGCAGCAGCACUGCCCAGGCGAGCUUCAGCAGCAGAAUGACACCAGCCGCCUGCUGAGGCAGACCCAUCUUGGCAAUGGAUAUGACCCCCAAAGUCACCAGAUCACCAGGGAUCCCGAGUCUAGCCCGGACGAGGGCUCUUUCUUAUACACCCUGCCCGAUGACUCCACUCGCCAGCUGCUGCAGCCCCACCACGACUGCUGCCAACGCCGGGAACAGCCUGCUGCUGUGGGCCAGUCAGGGGUGAGGAGAGCCCCCGACAGUCCCGUCCUAGAAGCAAUGUGGGAUCCUCCAUUUCACUCAGGGCCCCCAUGCUGCUUGGGCCUUGUACCAGUUGAAGAGGUGGACAGUCCUGACUCCUGCCAAGUGGGUGGAGGAGACUGGUGUCCCCAGCACCCCACAGGGGCCUACGUAGGACAGGAACCUGGAAUGCAGCUCUCCCCGGGGCCACCGGUGUGUGUGUCUUUUGAAACACCACUUCCCACAAUUUAGGCAGAAUCCAAUAUCCCAGAAAGACUAUAUAUAUAUAUAUAUUUUUUUUUUUAAAGAAGAGACAGAGAAAAUUGGUAUUUAUUUUUCUAUUAUAGCCAUAUUUAUAUAUUUAUGCACUUGUAAAUAAUGUAUAUGUUUUAUAAUUCUGGAGAGACAUAAGGAAUCCUACCUGUUGAGGUUGGAGAGGGAAAAGAAAGAAGCCGCCACCUAACAGGAGUCCCCCAGGAAAGCACCGCACAGGCUGGCACGGGACAGACUCCUAACCUGGGGCCUCUGCGGUGGCAGACGAGGCUGCUGGAGGCCCACAGAUAAGCUGGCAAGAGGAAGGAUCCCAGGCACAUGGUUCCUCACAACCACGAGGUUGAAAAGCAAGGGUCACGGUAUCACAGCCUGGAGACACCCACACAGAUGGCUGGAUCCGGUGCUACUGGAACAUUUUCCUACGAUGCCCAUGAGAACAGACCAAGAUGUGUACAGCACUAUGAGCAUUAAAAAACCUUCCAGAAUCAAUAAUCCGUGGCAACAUAUCUCUGUAAAAACAAACACUGUAACUUCUAAAUAAAUGUUUAGUCUUCCCUGUAA